UUAAUCUUUGCUUAAGACCUUUUCUUUCUUUCUUUCUUUUAUUAACUAAGCAACAUAAUACAAGCUGAAAUUCCUGACAGCAGCUGUGGCAAUUCAGCUUAACACAGACUGAGAAGUAUAUAACCCAAAGUACAUCCAAUUACUAUGGAAUUAACACUGGAUGUAUUCUUAACUGACUGUCUUGAUGUAAAAUGCACACAGCCCAGCGGUUCUGGAUUGCAUGCUCUUUCAAAUUUCCAUGGUUAAGCUAGUGUGAGCCGCAUGACCAAAAGAAUGAGAUAUAGCUAAAAGAGAUUCUUGGCAGUUAUAAAACUUUUCUUUUUUGGCCAGGACCACGUUUUUCUCCCUGAAUGCUCAAAACUCCACAGCCUCUAUGCUAGAAGUUCAUUCUGCCUUUUUCACCUUGCUUGGGAGGAAACAGAGAACCAAGCCGUGGACUCUGCUAAAACUGAGACGGAAGAAAAUAUAAACAACGAUUGCAGGUCUUUAACUCUUCUUGUAAUAAUACGAGGGGAGACGCCAGCGAGGGAACCCAGUUUCAGUGUGACAGAGUGCGGGGACAUAAAGAUGGAUUGUCAUCAGAGGUUAUAAUUUGUUCAUUUUUCUGUGUUUCAUCUGUGAAAAGUUCCGGUUUAGCCAUGCCUAUUUUUUGUGAAGAAAACGCUUCUUUGAGCUUGACUCCGAACUCCUUAAGUCAAUUAAAUGAUGACACAAGGUUCUACGAUCACAAUUUUAACUCGGGAGAAGCUAACACCUCGGAUGCAUUUAACUGGACAGUGGACUCUGAAAAUCGGACAAACCUGUCCUGUGAAGGCUGCCUCUCACCACCGUGUUACUCCUUACUUCAUCUCCAGGAAAAAAACUGGUCUGCUUUGCUGACAGCUGUCGUGAUUAUUCUAACCAUUGCUGGAAACAUACUCGUCAUCAUGGCAGUGUCCCUAGAGAAAAAGCUGCAGAACGCCACCAACUACUUCCUGAUGUCACUUGCCAUAGCUGAUAUGCUGCUGGGCUUCCUUGUGAUGCCCGUGUCCAUGCUAACCAUCCUGUAUGGGUACCGGUGGCCUCUGCCCAGCAAGCUGUGUGCGGUCUGGAUCUACCUGGACGUGCUCUUCUCCACCGCCUCCAUCAUGCACCUGUGUGCCAUCUCGCUGGACCGCUAUGUCGCCAUCCAGAACCCAAUCCAUCACAGCCGCUUCAACUCCAGAACAAAGGCCUUUCUGAAAAUCAUCGCUGUUUGGACCAUCUCAGUAGGUAUUUCCAUGCCAAUACCCGUCUUUGGGCUACAGGAUGAUUCCAAGGUCUUUAAGGAAGGGAGUUGCUUACUUGCCGACGAUAACUUUGUCCUGAUAGGCUCCUUUGUGUCAUUUUUCAUUCCUUUAACCAUCAUGGUGAUCACCUACUUUUUAACUAUCAAGUCACUCCAGAAAGAAGCUACUUUGUGUGUGAGUGAGCUUGGCACUCGGGCCAAACUAGCUUCUUUCAGCUUUCUCCCUCAGAGCUCCCUGUCUUCAGAGAAGCUUUUCCAGCGCUCCAUCCACAGGGAGCCAGGGUCCCACGGCAGGAGAACUAUGCAGUCCAUCAGCAACGAGCAGAAGGCGUGCAAGGUGCUGGGCAUCGUCUUCUUCCUGUUCGUGGUGAUGUGGUGUCCCUUCUUCAUCACCAACAUCAUGGCCGUCAUCUGCAAAGAGUCCUGCAAUGAGGACGUCAUCGGAGCCCUGCUCAACGUGUUCGUGUGGAUCGGUUACCUCUCCUCAGCGGUCAACCCACUUGUGUACACGCUGUUCAAUAAGACCUACAGGUCAGCUUUUUCACGGUACAUUCAAUGUCGGUACAAGGAAAACAAGAAACCGCUGCAGUUAAUUUUAGUGAACACUAUACCAGCCUUGGCCUACAAGUCUAGUCAACUCCAAACAGGCCAGGGGAAGAAUGCAAAGAAAGACGCCAAGACGACAGAGAAUGACUGCUCGCUGGUUGCUCUAGGAAAACAACAGGUAGAAGACACUUCUACAGACAAUGUCAACACAAUGAAUGAAAAGGUUAGCUGUUUGUGAUAGGCUGGUUGCCAUGGUAACUGUGGCCAGGCACACUGAGCAAGUUUUCACCUAUAUGGAAAAAAAAAGAAUAGGAAGACUGGAAAAAAAAAAAAUUAGGCCAGUCUAAUAGAACCGACAAUAACAUCAGUAUGCGCCUCAUUUUAUUCUGUCAAUGAAAAGCAGGGUAAAUGCCACAAAAUGUGCACUUCUAUAAUGUCCUGACAGCAUGUCCAGCUGUGAGUUUUAUGGUAUUUAUUUUUAACAUUGUAAAAGGUAUGUCUUUAAAAUAAUUAGCUUUCAUUGUAUAGUUACGAUGAGGCCAUAAAUAAAUCUAAAUUAAUUUUGGUUUUUGAAUGGAAACCUUGCUAGUGUGUUGUUAAUUGAUGGCAUUGUGUUUCGUGGUUACCUCUUGCUGUGAACAUAAAUAGCUAUAAAUAGUGAAAAUCUGUUGACAAUAUUGGCCUCUUACAUAAAGGAAGACUCUCAUGAAAACUUACCAUCAUCUAUAUUUUGAAAGACAAAGAAAACACUAAGGACAGUGUUACGCAAUCUGUAUUGCUAAAAUAACGAAAUACUUCACGACAUUUUUUAUUCCUGCUUUUUCAUAGAUGCCAUUUCAAAGUAUUCAUAAGGUCGCUGACAUUUGCGGCAUUUCAAGUUAAUUCCUCUCAGAAGUGAAAAAGACUUUAAAUGUUAUUUAAUAACUACUGCUGCUUUCUCUUCUACUUCUUGUGCUUUGCUCUGAAUUUCCAACGUGCUCUUGUUUCGUGUUUGUUCUACUAGGUAAAUUAUCAAAAGGAUAGCUUAACAGUACCAAAUACAUUUCUAGAAAUUGCUUCUUUAAAACCGCAGCACAGAGGUAUGGGGUGGCUUCCUCUGUAAUGACUGCAUCAUGCAUGCGCUUCUUUGAGCAGUAAGCAGUAUGUUGAUGUAACUCCGUCAAGAUUGAGAAAUAAACUCAGGUUUCUGGUUGUUAAAGGCAGUGUCUUAGGACAGCUCUGUAAAAAGCAGGUAUCUUCCCCAUCGACAGCCACCGGAUAAAUUGAUGCUUUCAGAUCGGUCUUUAUUAUGUACUAAAACUAUUCAGCUUGCUUCCACACUCAUCUACUGAGUGUAUACCACAGGUGAAGCCAUUCGCUAGGUAAACCAGGUGCUGUCAAGUUGACUCUGACUCAUGGUGACCCCGUGUGUGUGACAGCUGGACUGUGCUCCAUAUCAGUAGCUGAUUUUUCAGAAGUAGAUCGCCAGACCUUUCUUCCAAAGCACCUGUGAGUGGACUUGAACCACCAACCUUUCCGUUAGCAACCAAGAGCAUGAACUGAUUACACUACUUGGAGCUCCAAUUUGCUAGGUACUAGGUUAGGGAAACCCUGGUGACGUCGUGGUUAAGUGCUACAGCUGCUAACCAAAGGGUUGGCAGUUUGAAUCCAUCAGGUGCUCCUGGGAAACUCUAUGGGGCAGUUCUACUCUGUCCUAUAGGGUCACUAUUGAGACUUGACUGCACUGGGUAGGGAUAUAAAGGAGCCCUGGUAGUGCAGUAGUUAAAAGCUCGGCUGCUAAUCAAAGAGUCAGCAGUUUGAAGCCGCAAGCUGCUUCUUCGGAAACCCUAUGGGGCAGUUCUACUCUGUCCUAUAGGGUCGCUAUGAGUCAGAAUCGACUUGACAGCAAUGGGUUUUGGGUUUUUGAAUAAAACAAAUCCCUGCCCUUAAAGAAAAUAACUAAACUAAAAUUGUUCUUCUCAAAAUACAAGACUUCUUUUGAGAAUCAGUUAAAUUGAUUUCUUUUUACCUGGUUCAAAAACAAAUUUUCUUCAACUCUGAAGGUAGUAUUCUCAAAUAAGUUUUCCUGAUUGGUUGCCAUUGAAUUCCAAACAAACAAAAGGGGAAGAAAAAAACAAGAUAAAAAUGGCAAUUAAUUUAGAAAUACACACUUCAGCCUGAACCCAAGGUAUGACUACCAAGUGUCAUGAAAGAUUUCUACUGUCCCUCUCUAAAAAUUAACUCAUUUCAGUAUUACUCACCAACACUGGACUCUCUAAUAAAGAAGCAGGUAAUAUAAUAUUUUGUAGAAAAAUUUGCUAAAGAGAUUAACAGCAGUUAAUUCACCCUGACAGAAUAGAACUGCCCCAUAGGGUUUCCAAGGAGCGGCUGGUGGAUUUGGUCGACCUUUCAGUUAGCAGUGGAGUGCUUAACCACUGCACUGCUAGGGCUCCUGAUGCUGUUACUCAAUGUUAAGUUGCACAUUGUUGCUGAAUUAGAUGUAGGAUAUGUGAUUACAAUACUAAAGCAUUUCAUAUUGAAUGAAAAAUAGCUUUUUCCCUAAGCCUUUUGAAAAAAUGAAGAGAUUUUAAAAACUGAAGCAUAUGAGAGGUGCCGUUGUGUAAUGUGGAAAUGCAUUAGGUCUAUCCUAAUUGUGUCCUUAGAGAUACAUUGUUGACUUGAAAAGAUGGUUUGCUAUUUCAAAGCUAGAAUUUAUAGUAAGCCGUUAGUACCAAGCCUUCAUUUGACUGACUACUCCUUAUGAUUUUAUAUACUAACUGGUAAAAAUAUAAAUGACUCUGUUCUAGUAAUAUAUUUU